CUACUACUGGUGGAGGCGGAGCCUUUGCUAGUAGUGGUAAAGAUGGUAGAUGCACUGUCACUUAUUGUCGUGAGAUGAUUUCUAGGUAGGUCUAUGAUCCCUCUUGCAAGAUCACGGGUUAGGAAAAAUGGUAACAUAAGAUGAUAGUUGGAAUCUGAACUGAAUCGCCGGCGAAAGGCUAACACAGGCGGUGGCGGCGUGUGCAAGACACGCACCACCUGAGGUGGUGAAUGGAUGGAUAGAUACGAAGGAUCUGAGGCCUCUAGAGCCGAAGGGGCUGCGCGUGGCCUCAAACGCCGCUCUAGGACACAACUGCAAGUGGAAAACGCGCAUGGUAGAGACAAUACGUACGUGCAACGAACAUGUCGAGCAGAAUCGCGAUUUUCUUCUGCGAACAUGAAGAUCGGCGAUUGGAGAGAUUGAAAGGCAGGUUGCCAGAAAGUAGAAGAUCGGCAAGGGUCGGCGCUAAGGAGGGACUUUUAAAAAAAAAAAAUCUAGGAAAAAUAGACAAAUAGAAAAGCAAAAAACUGAAAAAGCCAUCGAGACUUGCUAGGGUAGAGCCGUAGAGGUGGUUGGAAAGCCCCUCCACCCAGUGAUGGGGAGAAAAUCCUGGAAGUGCUGGACAAACGCUUGGUAGAGAGAAAAGAGGAGAGAGAACGCUUCGUAACCAAUAAAAACUAAAAUCAGUUAAUCAAAUGGUUAAACGAAUCCAUAAUAAACAGAUAUGAUCUUUGUCAACCGGUAAAUAAAUGAAGUUUCACACCCAUUUGACUAUUUCUUCUCUGACCGAUUUUACUGCAAUUUUCCCACUCUUUCGUCGAUCUUCGGCUUGUUAUGAGCUCUCUCUCUCUCUCUCUCUCUCUCUAUAUAUAUAUAUAUCUCUUCACAGACAAAGAACGUUAAGUACAAUCUAUCACCCUGAUUAAACAAACCGACAAUGGCAGACUCCCCGGAAAGAAGCGUGUGGGACAGCGUGAUAGUGCUGACCAGAGAGGCCCAAGAAAGGGGUAGUGAUCCUUUUCUCUGGGCAAUGCAGUUGUCCUCAUACUUGAACUCUGCUGAAGCUUCGGUGUCUCUGCCUUCUGUAGAGCUGUCGGAUGUGUUGGUCUCCUACAUUUGCUGGGACAACAACGUUCCCAUCAUGUGGAAGUUCCUAGACAAGGCCCUCGUGCUCAACAUCGUGCCGCCCAUGCUUGUUCUUGCUCUGCUUUCCAUCAGGGUUAUUCCAAGUCGACGUGUCCAGCCAGCAGCGUAUGGGCUUUUCAUGGAGCUCCUCAAGAGACACGCUUUUACUUCUCUUAAAUCUCAAUUACAUGCAAUGAAUUACCAAAGGAUUAUGCAAUCAAUAGAUACUGUUCUUCGGCUUUCACAGAUAUUUGGUCUACAAAGAAGCGAAGCUGGAACUAUUAUGGUGGAAUUUAUCUUUUCUAUCAUGUGGCAGUUGCUUGAUGCAUCAUUAGAUGAUGAAGGGUUGCUAGAACUUACCUCAGAAAAGAAGUUUAGAUGGGAAGAUACUCCUCAAGACAUGGAAGUAGGUGCUUAUGACGAUAGCAAUGAUGAGAAGCAGACUGAACAUCUUGAGAGAAUGCAGAAAUUUAAUACUGUGAUGGCUAUUGAGCUAAUUGGGCAAUUUCUGAAAAACAAAGUAACUUCCGAGAUUCUUUACUUGGCACGCCAAAAUAUGUCUGCACAUUGGGAAAGUUUUACCCAGCGGUUACUGCUGCUUGGUGCAAACUCAUCCGCAUUGAGGAAUAUGAAAGUUAUAACUCCUGAGGAACUUCUGAAGUUGACUUCAAAUACUCAAAUGGUCUCUCUAGAUUGCAAAUUAAAGUCAAGACGAAAGUUCCAUGACACCCUGGCUAUGGGACCUCUGGCUUCUUCUGUUGGUCUGUGCAAUGAGGCCUGUCGCUCUUCCCUGUGGCUUCCUCUUGAUCUUUUUCUAGAAGAUGCUGUGGAAACAACAGAGGUCAUUGGCAGAAGUGCGAUUGAAACUAUCACUGGUCUCGUCAAGGUCUCUCGAGCCACAAAUUACACCACCUGGCACGACACCUUUUUGGGCCUGUGGAUUGCAGCCCUUCGUGUUGUUCAAAGGGACAGGGAUCCCAUUGAGUCCCCGAGGCCUCGUCUAGAUUCUCGUUUAUGCUUGUUACUGUCUAUUACAACUCUAGUGGUUGCCGAUCUUAUCGAGGAAGAUGAAAGUGCACUUUGUGAUGAAACACAAUAUGGCUCCUCUAAUCAAUGUAAAGAGAAACGAGUUCCAGGAAAGUGUCGCCAUGGUUUGGUCUCCUGCUUACAAAUGCUGGGUGAUUUCCAGGGCUUGCUGAUUCCACCUCAGUCCACUGUUUAUGCUGCAAAUCAGGCUGCUGCAAAAGGGAUGUUAUUUAUUUCAGGUGUCGAUGUUGGAAAUGCAAACUCAGAAUGCGUCCUUAUGAAAGAUAUGCCUACUAAUUGUUCUGGAAACAUGCGCCAUCUAAUAGUUGAAGCUUGUAUAGCUAGAAAUCUACUGGACACAUCAGCAUAUUUCUGGCCCGGAUACGUGAAUGGAAACAUCAGUGAAAAGCCUCAUGGUUUGUCUUCUAAAGUGCCGGGUUGGACAUCAUUCAUGCAGGGGGCAUCACUUACUCAAGUAAUGAUAAGUGCAUUGGUUUCAAGUCCUGCUUCAAGAUUAGAGGAGCUCGAAAAAAUAUUUGAGAUAGCUGUCAAUGGAUCGAAUGAUGAGAAGAUAUCAGUUGCGAUGAUUCUUUGUGGGGCCUCUCUAACUUGGGGUUGGAAUAUACAGGAACACGCUGCUGCCUUCAUUAUUAAAUUAUUGACUCCUCCAGCUCCUGCAGAUUACUCAGGGAGUGACAGCCAUUUGAUAGGUUACGCUCCAUUGCUGAAUGUACUUAUUGUUGGCAUAUCAUCCUUCGACCGUCUUCAGAUUUUCUCACAACAUGGCUUGGUUCCCCAACUCGCGUGUUCACUGAUGACAAUCUGUGAGGUCUUUGGGUCAUGUGUGCCCAAUGUGGUGUGGCCUGCUGUAAAAGGGAAAAGAAUCACUGCCCACGACGUGUUUUCAAAUGCGUUUGUUCUUUUUCUAAGGUUGUGGAGGUUUAAUCGUCCUCCUAUUGAACAUCGAGUAGGCAAUACUUAUCCAGUUCAAUCCCCACUAACUCCUGACUACCUCCUACUGGUACGUAAUUCUCACCUGGGAUCUCCUGAAAAUGUCCACUGGGUUCAAAGUAAAAGGAGACUGUCAGCAGUUGCAAAUUCAGCAUCUGCAGACCCCAUAUUUCUCAAGUCAUUUCCCAAACUAGAAGUUUGGUUCUUGCAGCAUUUUGCAUGCAUAGUUUCGACUCUCUCAGAGCUUGUUCAAGGGACCUCUGUUCAUCAGAUUGUUGAUAAGCUUCUUAAAAUUAUGUUCAGUAAUACUUAUGAAGGAAGCCAGUCUCGGAAUUCUGUUACUUCUGAGAGUAGUGGUUUCUCUGGACCUAAAAAUGAAGAUACCUUUCCAAGACUUAACGAUCCUGCAUGGGAUAUACUGGAAGCCAUUCCUUUUGUUGCAGAGGCUUCUUUAAAAGCUUGUGCUCAUGGAAAAAUUUCUCCCCGCGAACUAGCUACAGGGAUUAGAAUUUUAUGUGAUUGUCUUCCUGCAUCUUUGGCAUCCAUUACGAGCUACUUAUCAGCUGAAGUAACCAGGGGUGUUUGGAAAUCAGUUUCUAUGAAUGGAACUGAUUGGCCCAGCCCUGAUGCAAAUCUAUCUAAUUUUGUGGAAGAGACGAAGAAAAUUGUAGCAUUUGCUGGUCUUGAUGUCCCAAGCGUUAUCUCAGAUGGAAGCUCUACGCCUACCCUUCCACUGCCCCUGGCUGCCCUGGUAAGCCUUUCCUUAACCUAUAAAGUUGGUGACCAUUAUCUCCUUUUGGUUGGCCCAGCCCUGGAGUCCGUUUCUUCAGGUUGCCCAUGGCCUUGCAUGCCAAUUGUAGCUUCUCUGUGGACCCAAAAGGCAAAACGUUGGCAUGACUUCUUUGUAAUCCGUGCAUCUCGUACUGUCAUUCUCCAAAACCCCAAUUAUGUAGUUAAACUUCUCGAAAGCUGCUUCACUGCCACAGUUCACUUAAAUGCCUCCCCUGUUUCAAGCGAGGGAGGUGUUGGGGUCCUUCUUGGCCAUGGAAUUCAACCCCAAUUCUGUGGAUGGUCUCCUUGGAUUAUCUUUCUACUGGUCUGUCGAGAGAUCAGAGAAACUAUCUUAAUUACAGAGAAGAUUGUUUCUCUAUUGAUGCAUUCUGUGAAAAUAAUAGCAUGUAGUGGACUUCCUAGAGAGAGAUUAGAGAAGUUGAAGACGACCAAGAAUACAAUGAGAUCAGGACAGGUUUCACUUGCUGCCGCAUUGACUAGGGUGAAACUUGUGGCUUCAGUUGGUGCUUCUUUGUCGUGGUUAUGUGGAGGCAUAGGUCUGAUUCAGUCAUUGUUUAGAGAAGUUCUGCCUUCUUGGUUUGUGUCUGCUCACAGUUCAGGGUUGGAAGGAAGGUCAGAAGGGAUGAUUGAAAUGCUAAGGGGAUCUGCUUUGGCACACCUUGCAUUCACAUGUGGCGCUUUUGCUUGGGGUAUUGACUCAACAUCAAUGGCACCAAACUGGCGUCGAAGAAUCCUUGGGAGCCACAUGGAAUUCAUAGCAAGAGCACUUGAUGGGAAGAUAUCGCUUGGUUGCGAUGGGGCAACUUGGCGUGCCUAUGUUUUGCAGUUUUUGAGCCUGAUGAUGGAUUCCGCACCAACUUGGGUGCUGGAGGCAGAUGUAGACGUCUUAAAGAGAUUAAGUAGGGGUUUGAUGCAGUGGAAUGAGGGAGAGCUUGCUCUGGCUUUGCUUGGUAUUGGUGGUUUUGCUACUAUGGGUGCGGUUGCUGAGCUGAUAAUUGAAAAAGAGUGUUAAGUCCUUUCUUUUUUAUGCCUGUUUUUCUUCCCUCUUUCAUCUAAUUUGAAAGGUAAUCGUAUAGUAACGAAUACAGUUUACAUGCAGACAAGUUGUACAGUAAUAAGCAUAAUUGUGAACGUUCUGAAUAAUGUUGAGAUGGAAAUUUUCAUGGGGCAUGGGAAA